AUGGAGCGUUCUCAACUUUGCAUUCCAGUUACUGUUCUUGAAUGGAGACAUCAGAAGCAACACUUGGAGAAACGUGUCCUUAUCCGCUUCCCCUUGCCAUACCGUGUUGGAGAGGAUUUUCGACCUGGAAAUGGAGAUGAAAAGAUUCGAUGUGAGGCGGGAACGUACGCCUGGAUUCAAGAAAAUUGCCCUGAAAUACCAAUUCCACGUCUUUAUGGGUUUGGGAUGUCUUCUGGGGAAACUUUCACUCAUGUUGAGAAUUUUUCCAUCCUAUUUCGUUGGAUACAGUAUUUCCGCCGCCGGAUGCUAUCUUUUCUCGGCCGUACGACCCCUUCGAAAUAUGUCCGUCACCAGAUCCAAAACAACUUGACUAGGGAGCUCAAUGUUGGCUACUUACUGAUCGAGUACAUCGAGGCAAGGGAAGGGACAAUGCUGUCGUCUACCUGGGAAUUGAAGCACAAUAAUCCAAAGUUGCGGGCCAAUUUUUUCCGUGACCUGGGUAGGAUAUUUUUAAGCUUAUCCAGGAAGCCUCUUCAGAGAAUUGGGUCUUUUGCCAUUGAUAACAACGGAUUUAUACACCUUCAGAACCGCCCUCUUUCACUUGGGAUUCAAGAAUUAGAGAACGAACGCAUCCCGGUAGAUAUGCCGUGGAACUUCACUUACUCCACUGUUGAUUCAUAUGUCGUGGAUACUCUAGCUUACCAUGAUAGCCGGCUCUACCAUCAACCAAACGCCAUAAAUGAUACUGGAGACUUUAUUUAUCAAACAUCGUCUCUGACAACAAUGCGAGCAAUCUUCUCAUCGUUUUUCCGUCGCGAUUUUCGCCGAGGACCAUUUGUCUUGACAUUGACGGAUCUACAUCAAAGCAAUAUAUUUGUUGAUGAGAAUUGGCAUAUAACAUCGCUUAUAGAUCUUGAGUGGGCAUGUUCUCUACCUAUAGAGAUGCUUCAUCCUCCCUAUUGGCUCACUGGCAUGGCUGUGGAUAGGAUCGAGCCUUGUGAAUACAAUAAGAGUCGAUUAGAGUUCAUGGAUAUUCUGACCGUGGAAGAAAAGCGAGAUGACCGUAAAGGCGAUUCUCCUUUCGACUUCAAGCUAUCAGAGAUAAUAAAUUCGGCUUGGGACAAUGGCACUUUCUGGUAUAGCCUUGCUCUAUCGAGCCCUACCGGACUAUUCGCAAUCUUCGAUAAGGAGAUCCAACCAAGAUUCACUAAGACAUGUCCGGAUUACGAUUCAUUCCAUGAGAUUAUGCCAUGGUAUUGGACGCAGCAGGUCCUACCUAUAGCAAAGCAAAAAGUUGAGGACAAAAGGUCGUACGACAACAAACUCAAAGCCGAAUUCAAUAUUGACUGA